AUGGGGAGCCCUUUCGCUCUCAUCGGCUGUCAGCUCAAUGACUCUCCCGUCAAGACUGGACUUAAGACGACUAUCAUCGGCUUCUUCCCGGUCUUCAUCCUCACAUUCCACGCCUAUUCUACACCUCCGCCGCCUAUCCCGACUUCUGAUCCUAUACCUCCCCCAUCUGGUCCAGCUUCACCGGAUUCCACACCUCUACCGCCAGUCCCGAACUCGGAUUCUACACCUCCCCCGUCUACACCAGGUUCACCGGGUUCUACACCUCUGUCGUCUGCUCCGAACCCAGUCUUUUCAGCCCCCCCGACUCCUCUAUCUCCCUCUGGAUCGACUCCUCUACCACAUGCCCCGGCUUCUUCUAGUUCUGCGUUUCUCCCAGCUUUCAACCCUUCUGCACACCCUCCUGCCUCUAUUCCCUCAGGUCGUGCGCAACGUGUCGUCAACAAAGCAAACAAAGCAAAAGCAAAGCCUAAAGAUUCUGCAACGCCACACUCCACGGAAUCAUCUCCAGCCUCGGCAACUUCAGCCUCAAAUGACUUCAUCAAUGCUAUAUGUGACGAUUCGGGAUGGUCCCGUGAUAACUGGAAAAAGUUCAAGAUGGACGACUGGCUUGACAAACAGAUUGGUGGCAAGCCCAACACCAAGAUCACGAUUCCCACCGCAGUAGCAAAGCUUGGAUCCAAAAUUGGAGAUUUUGAAUGCAAAGACAUAAACAAUUGCGAUUGGAGCCCGAACAUGGAACGAUGCUCUGAAGGUGCCAAUGCACCUGUCUUCUUUGCCUUGAAAGGCUUUGAACACUUGGCCAAUUUCCUCCAUGACAUGAAACGCGCGUUGACUGAUCUCCGUGGUGAAAUCGACACCCGAGCGGACAAACUAUCCAUGUCUUUUGGUCCGCCAGAUAUCGAGUCCGCUGGGAACGAAGUCUCAGCUGGACUGAUCGGAACAAGUGCCGGUGUAGGUAUACUCGGUGGACUUGGUGCCUCGAAUCCUAUUGCAGCGGGCGCCGCAGCAGUCAUCGCUGGAGGGGUUGGGAUCGGCACCAGCAUCCAGCAAAUGGUGCCUCCUACGACCAAGAUGGCGCAGGAAGUCAGCGAUACCAUGAAUAACACCGCGGUCAUCAAGGAAAACACCUUCCAGGUAAUCGAUGAAUUCACUCACGCCCUCGAGAUGAUCGGCGAGGCAAUCUUCACAAACAAGCCAGAAGAAAUGUCAGAAUACCGAAAGAACAAAACAAACGCCGUUUCAAUCCUUUCCAAUGCGGCAUUUGCCGAAGCCGUCACGUCCAAGAACAUUAAACCUUUCAUCGACUCGGUCAAAAAGACCAUCGAAUCUGCGGCUAUUUCCUAUGACUGGACGCAGAAAGAGGUGUAUGCUAUCCGGGUUAGCUUUCCCAUCAAUGGCAAGGGUCCUUGUGAUCUGUCGAUUCCACAUGACGAUAUCAAACGGAUUUGCGAGGGAGACGUGGCAUACCUCCUGGUUAAAAACACCAACAAUUACAAACUGACCGAGGCCUGGGAUAAAAUUCCAGGAUUUGACGAUUUGCCCAAAUAUUCCAAUCUUAACAUGUGGGAUGUGGUCAAGGGCUCGGAAUGGUCUCAACGCAAAGGAGGCUAUAUCAAGGGCUGGAACGUGGAUGAGAUCUCCAACAUCUAUAAAGAGGACAAAGAAGACGGUCCCCCGGGGAGACUUCUCUUUACCCUGCCGGUGUGUGAUCUGGAUACUCUCAGGUGGGACGAGGGCGAUGGGUUGUCAGACGAGUACUAUCUCAAGUUCCACAUUCGGUCGUGCUUCAAUCAAAAAAUCAAUGGCAAGGAUUGGCCAUACUCCAUCCCAUCCAUGGAUAAGACGCCCGAUUACGGAGAACCACAUGUGCCGUCACAAUGA